UUGUUGUUGUUGUUUUCCCCCCUCUGCCACAGCGGCAGACGUCCCUGUCGACACAACAACAACAACAACAACCACCACCAACACCGACACCGACAAGCCCGUGCCGCUCAGCUUUGGGGACUUCUUCACUGGCGACCGGGAUGUGUUCUUUGACUCCGUGUAUCAGCAUGAGACGCUGAUUGACCACCGGCCCACGCCGGACGCCUUCACGCCGCGGCUGCGCCAGAUCACAACGCCACUGAACCAAGUGCAGUCAUUGUGCCACGCCUUUGAGCAGCAAGACAAGCAGAGCGGCGGCUUCCACAUCAAGGAGCAAGGCGAGACGCGGCAGGUGUCGUCAUGCAAGCAGAUGGAGGACGAGCUGGCUGCCGGCGCUGGUUUGCUCAUCCGCUACGAGGACCUCGUGGACUCCCCCGCCCAGGACCACGUCAAGCAGCUGCAGGACGGCGUGCGCGACGUGUUUGGCACAGAGUCCACCGUCCACCUGUACCACGCCACGCAGAACGAGUCGCGCGCCCUCAUGCCGCACACAGACCCCUACGACGUCCUUGUCAUCCAGCUCCACGGCUCAAAGCGCUGGACAACCUGCAUCCCAGACGCAUACGUCUCCGACACCGACACCAACAACGACGGCAGUGGCACCAACGCAGAGGACGACGACAACGCCAACACCGGCACUGGCGACCACGGUGCGUCUGCUUCUGCUUCUGCGUCGUCGUCUUCCUUCCCAAGCCGCCAUGGCACACGCGCACGCCCAAGCGAGGCAGAGACCAUCAAGCACUUCAACCCUGCGCAGCUGGGCCAGCUGCAGGAGAUCCGGCGCCAGAGGCAGCAGGGGUGCACGGCGUACCAGGACGCAGACCUGCGUGGCAUGCGCUGCAACGAGUUCACGCUGCGUGCCGGUGACACCAUGUACAUGCCCAAGGGGAUCAUCCACUUUGCGCUGUCGGGCGAGGAGGGCUCCUGGCGGCGAGCGGAUGAGGCGAAGGCGUUUUUGGCGUCGUUCCAGUCGCUGUGUCGCGAGGUUGGACCCGAUACGUACACCAAGGCAAACGACCUGGACGCGUUCCUGAAUGCAGACGGCAUUGGCGCGCUUGUUGAGCGCGUGUGCAGCGAGGAGUCGGCCGCCGCUGUUGUGGAGCAGCUGUGCGCACGCGGCAAAAUGCCCGUGGACGUGACGUCGCCCCGCUUCCGCAAGAUGCACGUGCCGCAGAUGGAGCGUGUGCGUCGUUCAACGCGGACAACCGCGUAUACCUGCGACAGCAGCUGUGACAGCAGUUGCGAUACGCGGAGCUGUAACAACGGCUGCGAUUCUUCCUGUGAUAGCUCGUGCAAUUCUGGAUGCACCAGCUGCGACUCAAGCUGUGACGUUUGUGACUCAAGCUGUGAUUCAAGCUGUGAUUCCACCCAUUGCGAUGGUAGCUGCGAUUCCAGCUGCGAUGCCUGCGAUGGCAGUUGUGACAGUUCUUGCGACAUUUGUGACAGCAGCUGUGAUUCUGGCUGCAACGCAGGAUGCGACAGCUCUUGCGACAUUUGCGAUUACGGCUGUGAUUACAGCUGUGACGCUGGGUGCGAUUCCGGCUGCGACAGCUCAUGUGACAGCUAUUGCGGAAGCUGCGACAGCUCCUGCGACGGUAGCUGCGACUUUUUUGGCUGGAGCUGUGACUCUUACUGCGACAGCUCCUGUGACAGUUCACGUUGUAACCGUGGCUGCGAUUCAAGCUGUGACAGCUCCUGCUCACCCGUUAGCUGUGACUCAUCCUGCGAUUCCAGCUGCAACGGCGGCUGCGACUCAAGUUGUGACGGCCCAUGCAACUCGAACUGCGAUGGGAGUUGCGAUGCAAGCUGCGACUCAUGCACGUACAGCAGCUGCGACAGUUCAUGUGACGGGUCGUGCUCGUGCAACCCGGGCUACUACGGCAGUGGCACGUCGUGCACUGCAUGUGGCCCCAACACGUACAGCGCCAGCAGCGGCCAGAGCUCAUGCACACCGUGCGGCUCCUGUGGCUCAAACCAGUACCGCGUCAACUGCGGCGGUAGCAAUGAUGGUUCGUGCACGUCGUGUGGGUCGUGCCCUGCAGGCUCUGAGCGCACGGGCUGCAGCGGCACCAGCGCAGGCACGUGCUCGCCGUGUGACUCGGGGACAUACAAGACGUCACAAGACAACCAGCCGUGCAGCCCGUGCGGGUCGUGUGCGGCCGGGUACUACCGCGCCGGGUGCGGCGGUUCCAGCGCUGGCGAGUGCGUCGGCGUGCAGUGCAACACACCACCGAGCGUGAGCCAUGGCAGUGUGUCCUCGCUCAGCAACAACGGGCAGUAUCCCAGCACAGCGACAUACACGUGCGCGCCAGGGUACAUGCUGGCCAGCUCCAGCGACAACAAGCUGCAGUGCCAGACAGACAAGACGUGGGCCGGGACGAUGCCGCGGUGCAUUGGCGUGCCGUGCCCGGGGAUCAGCAUUGCCCACGGCAGCGUGUCACCGUCAGGCACCAUCCGUCAUCCAUCCACAGCAGGGUUUUCGUGCAACACUGGGUACGUGCUGAUGGGAGCGACAUCUGCGCAGUGCCAGGCGGACGGCACGUGGUCGUCGCCCGCACCGACAUGUGUUGGGCGGCUGUGCACCCUGCUGGACACCCCGAACCACGGCAGCGUCUCGUACACAAACAGCCGGCAGUACCCGUCCACAGCUACAUACACGUGCCAGGCCGGGUAUGAGCUGAGCGACACGGGGGAUGCGCAGCGCAGCUGCAUUGCCAGCACGGGCGGAUUUGGCGGCACGGCGCCGUCGUGUGUGGGGGUGCUAUGCAAACCACUGAGCGACCCGCAGAACGGGCACCUGCGCCUGAGCUCGACGCCAGCGCGGUACCCGGCGACGGCGGAGUUCUCGUGUGCGAGGUAA